AUGGGAACGAAAGUGAAGAUGUCUCAAAUGAGCAGCCUUCUAGUUAGUCUUGCGGUGGUUAUUAUUUCAUCAUACCUGCCAUCGUUUAGCACAGCCACCUAUCCCUACUCAUCUCCACCACCUCCUAAGCAGGAAUAUGCUUACAACUCACCACCACCACGACCCCCAAACGAACCUUAUAAGUCACCACCACCUCCUCCUCCGGUUCACAAUUCUCCACCACCUCCACCACCAAAGGGACAUUAUGUAUACAAGUCACCACCACCUCCUCCUCCUCCUCAGGUUUACAAGUCUCCACAUUCAUCUCCACCAAAGAAACAUCAUGUACACAAGUCACCACCACCUCCUCCUUGGGUUGACAAGUCUCCACCUCCACCUCCACCAAAAAAACCUUAUGUAUAUAAGUCACCACCACCUCCUCCACCAAAGAAACAUCAUGUACACAAGUCACCACCACCUCCUCCUCCGGUUCACAAGUCUCCACCUCCACCUCCACCAAAAAAACCUUAUGUAUAUAAGUCACCACCACCUCCUCCACCAAAGAAACAUCAUGUAUACAAGUCACCACCACCUCCUCCUCCGGUUCACAAGUCUUCACCUCCACCUCCACCAAAAAAACCUUAUGUAUAUAAGUCACCACCACCUCCUCCACCAAAGAAACAUCAUGUAUACAAGUCACCACCACCUCCUCCUCCGGUUCACAAGUCUCCACCACCACCACCACCAAAGAAACCAUACAUAUACAAGUCCCCACCGCCUCCACCACCGAAGAAACAUCAUGUUUACAAGUCACCGCCUCCUCCUCAUCCGGUUCACAAGUCUCCACCACCUCCUCCACCAAAGGAACCAUAUGUAUACAAGUCACCACCGCCUCCUCCACCAAAGAAGCAUCAUGUAUACAAGUCACCAUCUCCUCCACCUCCAAUUCCGAAGUCACCACCACCACCACCAAAGAAACCUUAUGUAUACAAGUCACCACCGCCUCCUCCACCAAAGAAACACUAUGUACACAAGUCUCCUCCUCCCUCUCCUGUGUACAAGUCCCCAUCACCACCUCCACCUAAAAAACCGUCUGGGUACAAGUCUCCACCACCACAUUAUAUCUACAGUUCACCACCUCCCCCUCAUUUUUAA